AUGGCGGGCGCGGCGCCGUUGUCCGCGUGGGGCGCGGACGCGGGGCAGGUGGGCGGGUGCAUCCUUGGGAACUGCAAGGUGGCGCUGGCGAAGUGUUUGGCGGACGGGACGUGCAUUGAGAACCUGGUGUGCGUCAACGCGUGCAACAACCGCCCCGACGAGGCCGCGUGCCAGAUCCGUUGCGGCGACCUCUACACGUCGCCGGCGGUCGAGGAGUUCGACACGUGCGCGCUGACGGAGAAGAAGUGCGUGCCGCAGAUCCAGGACACGGGCGAGUUCCCCGCGCCGGCGCUGGACGCGGUGGUCGAGCAGUUCGACAUGAAGGCGUGGGAGGGGCGGUGGUACAUCACGGCCGGGCUCAACCCGCUGUUCGACACGUUCGACUGCCAGCGCCACUUCUUCACGAACCCGUCUCCUGGCAAGGUGUACUCCCAGAUCAACUGGCGCGUCAGGGGCGGCAUCGGGUCCGUGCCAGGCGCGUUCAUUGACCGGAGCGUCAAGCAGCAGCUGGUCCAGGACUCGCAAAUGCCUGGCAAGCUCGCGGACACGGGCGGGGAGUUCCUCCACUUCAAGGACGACUGGUACAUCCUGGGCGCGAAGUACGACGGCCCUGCCAACAGCGAGGACGACUACAUCCUGGUCUACUAUCGAGGGAACAACGACGCGUGGCUGGGCUACGGCGGCGGCACCUUAUACCAGCGCGUGCCUGCUCUCACACCCCAGGCACAGGCGGCCGCGCAGGAGCGCUUGAAAAUGGCGGGCCUGCCGAACGCACAGUGGGACAAAUGGACAGUGACGGACAACACGUGCGGUCCGCAGCCGCCCUCGCGCCUCCAGGGCGCCGAGAUGGAGCUCGGGCGGGACUUUGCGCGGAUUGAGCGGGAGCUGGAGCGCGACCUGACCCUGGUGGAGAGCGAGGUGGCCAGGGAGGUGCGCGAGCUGGGGCGCGAGGUGGCGAACGUGGAGCGCAGCGUGGAGGAGAGCGUGCGGCGCCUGGAGAAGAAGAUCGAGGGGGCCGACCUGGGGUCGUUGAUCCAGGUGGCAGAGCGCGCGGAGCAGCGCCUGGCGGACGCGUUCCGCGGGACGUUCGACCGCGAGGUCCAGGCGGCGCUGCGGAGCCGGAGGGAGCAGGAGACGGCGCAGAAGCGUCUCGACAAGAUGAUGCGCGACAUGCCGAUGCCCGGCGUGGAGGAGGCCAUAGCGACCGUGCGGCGGGCCCCGUUGUAG